AUGUUUCGCAAAUUUGGUUUCGGGGAUUUAUGGAUGAAGUGGAUGGAUGUGUUAGUUUUCUCGAGCAACAUGUUGAUUUUGGUAAAUGGUAGUACUACCAAGGAGUUUUUGGUUGAGAAAGGAUUGAGACAACGAGAUCUGUUAUCUCUAUUUUUUUUCAUUAAUGUGGCGGAAGCAUUGCCGAUUCUUGAUAAAAGGUCUAUGGAGCUUAGAGAUUUUGUGGGGUUCUACAUUAAUGACUAUUGCGGCAUUGAUAUUCUUCAAUUCUCAGACGAUACUCUUUUGGUGGGCAAUGCUAGUUGGAAGCACAUUUGGGCUGUAAAAUCUGUGUUGAGAGUGUUCGAGAUUGUGUCGGGUCUCGAUAUCAACUUUCAUAAGAGUAAGCUCAUCGGUAUUAACAUUAGUUAUUUAUUAUUGGAGGCGACUGCUUGUAGGACGGAAGAUAAAUCAUUCUCUUUUUUAGGCAUCCCGACCGGUUCUAACUCGAGAAGGAUUCCUUUUUGGUUCCCUUACUGA